UCCCAGCUUAGUGCUUAACCGUCAGAGUCAUGCCUGGGCAGCUACCAUCACCACCGCGCCGCUCUCCGACGCUGCUGAUGCUGCUGAUGCUCUCCUGGCUGCCGUCGGGAGGCGCCCUAUCUCUGGCCCAGGAGCACCUCCCAGCUUUACCGGGACCCUCAGACGUGCACUCCAGUUCAGAUGUCUCCAGAUUCCGGGAGUUGCGGAAACGCUACGAAGAUUUGCUGACCCGGCUUCGAGCGAACCAGACCUGGGAAGACUCGAACCCGAACCUCAUCCCCGCUCCUCAAGUCCGGAUAGUCACUCCAAAGUUUCGACUUGGGCCAGGCGGCCACCUGCACCUGCGCAUCCCUCGCGUCAACUUAACUGAGGGGCUCCCCGCAGCCUCCCGCCUGCAUCGGGCCCUUCUCCGACUGUCCCCGACGGCUCGGAGCUCGUGGGACGUGACGCGACCACUACGGCGUCAGCUCAGCGUCGGAGGUUCCCGAGGUUCGGCAAUACACCUGCGACUGUUGCAGCGACCGGACCAGCUGCUGGAGGCGUUGCCCGCUGGACAGCCCCAGCUUGAGCUGCACUGGCGGCCAAGCUCUACUAGGGGGCGCCGUAACACGCAUGCGCACACCCGGGACGGUUGCCCGCUUGGGACAGGGCGCUGCUGCCGCCUGCAGAGCCUGCGCGCGUCGUUGGAGGACCUAGGCUGGGCCGACUGGGUCUUGGCGCCCCGCGAGCUGGACGUGCGCAUGUGCGUCGGCGCGUGCCCGAGCCACUUCCGAUCGGCUAACACGCACGCGCAGAUGCAGGCGCGCUUGCACGGCCUGAACCCUGAUGCUGCCCCUGCUCCAUGCUGUGUGCCAGCCAGCUAUGAGCCGGUGGUUCUUAUGCACCAGGACAGCGAUGGCCGUGUGUCACUCACACCCUUCGAUGACCUUGUGGCCAAGGACUGCCACUGCGUAUGAGCGGCCCUGGUCCUACACUUAGGACAGGAGCACAGUGGAAGUGACUUCGUUCUUGCUUGUCCAAUGGGUUUGUGGCACCUGAAUACCCCAUUCUUAACCAUUGCUGUCUGCUCUCUCCCGCCCAAA